CACGCCGAGGCCCAAUCCCCGACCAGACUCGUCGCUCCCUGACCUUUCCCCUCCAACGCCGAAGCCCUAGCACGCAGCUCCGGCGGCUCAGCUCGCAGUCCGCACCCUCACGGACGGCUCAUCGGCGAGGCGCAACCCCCUUCGACUCCCCGGCGAAGCAGGCGGGGAACCCGACGCUGCCCCGCGCGGCCUUGGCCAGAUGACGAGGACCAGCGGCGCCAACGGCGGCGGGCAGCAGGGGUCGGGGAAGCUCCCGCGGAAGCGCUUCUACCGGGCGCGCGCGCACAGCAACCCGCUCAGCGACUCGCACUUCCCGAUCCCGAUAUCGCCCGACGACGUCGACCUCUCGCAGCACUACCCGCGCUACUUCCCGGCUGACAAGGCCGAGCACGGUGACGGGGACGGGGGCGCUGAGGCGGAGGCGCCCCGGAUCCGCUUCGCUGACGUCGGGUGCGGGUUUGGUGGGCUGCUCGUCGGGCUCUCGCCGCUCUUCCCCGACAAGCUCAUGAUCGGCAUGGAGCUGAGGGACAAGGUGACUGAGUAUGUCAAAGAGAGGGUUUUGGCUUUAAGAGCAUCCAAUCCAGGACAGUAUGACAACAUAUCCGUUGUGCGCACCAAUUCAAUGAAAUACAUUCCUAACUACUUCGGAAAGGCUCAGCUCUCCAAAAUGUUCUUCCUGUUCCCUGAUCCUCACUUCAAGGAGAAGAACCACCGGAGGAGGGUGAUUAGCAUGCAUUUGCUCGAUGAAUACGCUUACGUGAUGGAAGUGGGAGGAAUAAUAUACACUAUUACUGACGUAGAGGAGCUUGGUAUAUGGAUGCGCACAUGUCUGGAGAAACACCCACUCUUCGAAGCUGUUCCAGAGGAAGAGAUAAAGGUCGAUCCAGUUGUGAAGCUACUGUCUAGUGCCACCGAAGAAGGCCAGAAGGUCGCGAGGAAUGGAGGGCAGACCUUCCAGGCCAUUUUCAGGCGCAUGUCCUUGCAAGAGGUAUAAGCCAUUUUGGAAUCUACUAGCUCUUAGCACUGUUGGGCUUUCCUGGACUGCGCUGGAUGAAUCUGUGCCAUUUCUAUACAUUCUUGUACUUUCUCCGACUGCACUAGAUGAAUUGUCCUAUUUUUUAUACAUUUGUGUAGCCAGAUUUCACUAUUCAGGAGUCUUUUACGGUAGUUUUGCUGUUCGAAAUGUUUGGCUCUACUUGAAAAGCUUUUUUCUGGAA